GGGCCGCAGGCGCUGCGGGCCGCGGGGUCGGGCCGCGGCCGCCGACGCGGGGCGGAGGGCGCGCAGGGGCGAUGCAUCACUGUAAGAGAUACCGGUCCCCGGAGCAGGAGAGCUAUCUGGCUCACAGGUGGAAGAGGAAGAGGUCUCGUAGCAGAGACUAUGAGGGAAGGCUGCGCUACGCAUCGCGGAGAGAUCUCCCCAGGAGAUCACGGUCGAGGAGCCAUGAGAGGAUGCCUUACUACAGGAGGUACAGACGGGACAGCGAUGCCUACAGGUUUGAAGACAGAAGCCCAUCUUUUGGGGAGGACUAUUACUCGACCCGCUCGCGGAACUGGCGGCGCUCCAGGGGCAGAGAGCAGCAUCGCCCCAAGAGGCAUCAGCACCACUGCCAGAAACGCAGGACCAGGUCUUGUAGCAGUGCCUCCUCGAGGAGCCCCCAGAGCAGUAAGCGCAGCAGGAGCGUGGAAGAUGACAAGGAAGGCCACCUGGUGUGCAGGAUCGGCGAUUGGCUUCAAGAGCGAUACGAAAUUGUCGGCAGCCUUGGCGAAGGCACUUUUGGCAAAGUGGUGGAGUGUGUGGACCAUGCCAGGGGCAAGUCUCAGGUGGCACUGAAAAUCAUAAAAAACGUUGGCAAGUACCGAGAAGCAGCCAGGCUGGAAAUUAACGUCCUGAAAAAGAUCAAAGAGAAGGACAAGGACAACAAGUUCUUGUGUGUCCUGAUGUCAGACUGGUUCAACUUCCAUGGCCACAUGUGCAUUGCCUUCGAGCUUCUGGGCAAGAACACUUUUGAGUUCCUGAAGGAGAAUAACUUCCAGCCAUACCCUCUCCCUCAGAUCCGGCACAUGGCCUACCAGCUCUGCCAUGCCCUGAGGUUUUUACACGACAACCAGCUGACUCACACUGACCUUAAGCCAGAAAACAUCUUGUUUGUCAACUCAGAUUUUGACACGCUGUAUAACGAGAAAAAGAGCUGUGAGGAGAAAUCCAUUCGCAACACGAGCAUUCGCGUGGCAGAUUUUGGAAGCGCCACCUUCGAUCACGAGCACCACACCACAAUCGUGGCCACCCGGCACUACCGUCCCCCAGAGGUGAUUCUGGAGCUGGGCUGGGCACAGCCAUGCGAUGUCUGGAGCACUGGCUGCAUUCUGUUUGAGUAUUACCGCGGCUUCACGCUCUUCCAGACCCAUGAGAAUCGUGAACAUCUCGUCAUGAUGGAAAAAAUCCUUGGGCCCAUUCCAUCUCACAUGGUCCACAAAACUCGGAAGCAAAAGUAUUUCCACCGUGGCAACCUGGUGUGGGAUGAGAACACAUCUGAUGGGAGAUACGUCCAGGAGAACUGCAAGCCCCUGCAGACAUACAUGUUGCACGACUCGCUGGAGCAUGCACAGCUCUUUGACUUGAUGAGGAGGAUGUUAGAAUUUGACCCUUCCAGGAGAAUCACAUUCUCAGAAGCCCUCCUGCACCCCUUCUUUGCUGGGCUGUCUGCCGAGGAGAGGCUGCUGUGCGGGCGAGGCGCCAGCAGAGACCUGAGCAGAUGACGGCCAGGGCGGGGUGCGAUGCCCCCCGGCUCUGUGCACCCGGGAGCAGUCAGCCGUCUGCCCUGCAGCGACCCCUGCUCUUUUCUCUCACAGCUCCCAGGGGCUGGGGCACUGCCACAAGGACCCUGGGCCGGGGAGGGGAAGAAAAGCUAUGUUGGAAAGCACAGAUUUGUCUAUUUAUAUGUUGUAAAGUUAAAAUAAAGUGUUUCUUAUUGUUUGAUA